GGCCUGGUCCCAGGGCACGGCGCGGCCAUGCCAGGCGCAGGGAGGUCUGGCCAGCAUGUUACUCUGGGGGGUGUGCCUCAUCGGCCUGCAGCUUUCUCUCUCCUGCUGCUGGGCUUUCAGCUGCCACAGACCCGCGUCCUCCUCUGACUUCAGCCUCCCUGGGGAUUACCUGCUUGCGGGCCAGUUUCCUCUCCACGGUGACCACCUAGGGGUGAGACGCAGACCCACAGUGACCUUCUGUGACAGGCCCAGCACCUUCAACGGCCACGGCGACCACCUCUUCCAGGCCACGCAGUUUGGCAUCGAGGAGAUAAACAAGUCCACCGCCCUGCUGCCCAGCGUCACCCUGGGGUACAAGCCGUACGACCGGUGCUCGGAGUCAGCCAACGUGUUUGCCACGCUGAGCGCGCCAGGGACGCGCUACGUGGAGAGCCAAGGAAACUUGGCGGUGAUUGGGCCCGACGCCAGCAACCAUGUUGCCACCACUGCAGCCCUGCUGAGCCCCUUCCGGAUGCCCCUGAUAAGCUGCUAUGAUGCCAGCAGCGUGAUGCUCGGCGUGAAGCGGCUCCACCCCUCUCUGUGUACCAUCCCAAGUGAUGAGCACCAGGUGGAGAUCUUGAUGCUGCCAUUGUUGCGGAGGUUCGGGUGUGUCUGGGUCUCCACGGUGGGCAGCGAAGGUGACUAUGGGCAGCUAGGGGUGCAGGCGCUGGAGGACCAGGCCACCCAGCAGGGCAUCUGCGUUGCCUUCAAGGACAUUGUGCCUUUCUCUGCCCAGCGGGGCGAUGAGAGGUUGCAGAGCAUGAUGCGCUGCCUGGCCCAAGAGAGGACCGCGGUCAUGGUCGUUUUCUCCGGCAGGCAGCUGGCCAGGGUGUUCUUUGAGUCUGUGGUGCUGGCCAAGCUGACUGCCGAGGUGUGGAUCGCCUCAGAAGACUGGGCCAUCUCCAGACACAUCAGCAAUGUGCCUGGGCUCUGGGACAUCGGCACAGUGCAGGGCGUGGCCAUCCCACAGGGGCGUGUCCCUGGCCUGAAGGAGUUUGAGAGGCCUUGCCUCAGGGGCUCCUGGUGCAGCAGCAACCAGCUCUGCAGAGAGUGCUGGGCUUUCGCGGCACAGAAGAUGCCCACACUUGGAGCAUGCUCCAUGAGCUCGGCCUACAACGUGUACCAGGCUGUCUAUGCCAUGGCUCACAGCCUCCGCCAGCUCCUGGGCUGCGCCUCUGGAGUCUGUUCCAGAGGCUGGGUCUACCCCUGGCAGCUUCUGGAGCAGAUCCUCAAGGUGUAUUUCCUUUUACACAAGGACAUUGUGAUAUUUAAUGACAAUGGCGACCCCCUCAGCAAUUAUAACAUAAUUGCCUGGGACUAGAGUGGCCCCAACUGGACCUUCAGGGUCGUCAGCUCCUCCUCUUGGUCUCCAGUUUGGCUAGACAUAAAUACGAUCAAAAUCCGGUGGCAUGGAAAGGACAACCGGGUGCCUCAGUCUGUGUGUUCCAGCGACUGUCCUGAAGGGCACCAGAGAGAGAUCAUGGGUUUCCACCACUGCUGCUUCGGGUGUGUGCUCUGUGAGGCCAGGACCUUCCUCAACAAGAGUGACCCCUACAGCUGCCAACCUUGUGGGAAAGAAGAGUGGGCACCUGAGAGAAGCCAGACCUGCUUCCCAUGCACCGUGGUGUUUCUGACUUGGCAUGAGCCCAUCUCUUGGGUGCUCCUGGCAGCUAAUAUGCUGCUGCUGCUGCUGGUGUCUGGGACUGCUGGCCUGUUUGCCUGGCACCUAGGCACGCCUGUGGUGAGGUCGGCUGGAGGCCGGCUGUGCUUCCUCACGCUGGGCUCCCUGGCGGGGGGCAGCUGCGGCCACUAUGGCUUCUUUGGGGAGCCCACUCUGCCCACAUGCCUGCUGCGCAAAGGACUCUUUGCCCUUGGUUUUGCCAUCUUCCUGUCCUGCCUGACGAUCCACUCCUUCCAACUUGUGUUCAUCUUCAAGUUUUCUGCCAAGGUACCCACCUUCAUCCGUGCGUGGGGCCAAAACCACAGUGCUGGCCUGUUGGUGGUGAUCAGCUCAAUAACCCAGCUGCUUAUCUGUCUAAUGUGGCUUGCAGUGUGGACCCCACUGCCCCCCAGGGAAUACCAGCCCUUCCCUCAGCUGGUGGUGCUUGACUGCACAGAGGCUAACUCACCGGGCUUCAUGCUGGCUUUCGCCUACAAUGGCCUCCUCUAGGUCAGCGCCUUUGCCUGCAGCUACCUGGACAAGGACCUGCCAGAGAACUACAACGAGGUCAAAUGUGCCACCUUCAGCCUGCUGCUCAACUUCGUGUCCUGGAUCUCCUUCUUCACCAUGGCCAGUGUCUACCAGGGCAAGUACCGGCCCACGGUCAACGUGCUGGCCAUGCUGAGCAGCCUGAGUGGCGGCUUCAGCGGUUAUUUCCUCCCCAAGUGCUGUGUGAUCCUGUGCCGCCCAGAUCUCAACAGCACCGAGCGCUUCCAGGCCUCCACCCAGGACUACACCAGGCGCUGUGGCUCCACCUGA